CUUCUGGCCAGCCCCACCGCUGGCACGGCCAUGGCGAUCCCUCUGCAGCAUCAGACAUUCUAAGAAUAUUUCCUCACAGGCGACGGUCGUCACCGUCCCGCUGCCUGGAAGGAUUCGCCUGGUGCAUCUCCGCCCUCUGCGGCGCGCCCCGACCUAGGAAUCGAAUGGUUGACUGGCUCCUGGCUCGGCCCCGAUUCCCAUUCCUACCCGUUUGUCCUGCAGGCGGCUCCCAGGCGUGGCACCUGGCUUGAACCUGCGUGGGCGGAGAGCACUAGGCGGACGAGCCAUCGGUGACGACGCGACCCCGUGGCGCUGAGUAGGUGCUGACGGCCGGUAUAUAGACAUCCCUUGCCGGCAAACCUCCUGCCCGCAGCCUCGGAGACUCCCACGGACACCCUCAGAGCCCUUCAUCAUGACCGCUUCUCACUCCUCAACGAGUUCCUUAGAAUCCCUGAUGCCCUCUAACUCCGGGAGCAGCUGCACGGCCGGGCCAUCGCUAUCGCUUAGACUGUCGUGCGACCGCUGUCGGGUCCAGAAGCUUAAAUGCUCUGUGCCAGCCGGCGCUAGGGCUUGUCAGCGAUGCACCCGCGCGCGCGUGCCCUGCGUCUUUGGGCGACGAACCCCCUCGAAGCGCACCAAUCGACGCCGCAACACGACCUGCACCACGCCGGUCACUCCUCCACUCACGGCGGACUUGGCAGACACCGCGCCCUCGGCCGCAUCCGGGCGAGCCCCAACGCCCGAAUCUCGAAUCGAGGCACCCCCGGUCGUGCCGGAGCUCGAAGACCUGGGAUCCUGUGAUCCGUCCAGCACGUGGGACAGCGCAGCCCUGGGGCUACAUGGGCUCGCCCCCCAUCUGUCCGAGGGGGGCAGCGACACGACGGGCUACGACUGGUUCCAGGCCGAUCUGGCGCUGGACGACGGCACUACCUUUGAUACUAUGGGCCCCCCGGACCUGGCCUCCUGGUCCCAGUUGGCCACCAUCACCGCGGCUGUGAGCUGGCCAGCCGACGGCGUUCCCCCCGUCCGCCCAUCCCCGAGCAGCCACGCCAUCCGCGCCGGCGAGCAGCUGACGGCGUUAGUAUCGGAGAUUCAGCUGCAACUGAGGCAGCUAGAGGAGGGUCCGUGGGGCACCGACAACCCCUGCAGCCUCGACGACUACCCAGUGGGCACGAUUAUUGAGCUCUCGCAGCAGUUUAGCGUCCUCGCCGGGCCCAUCCUCGGCAGUACGGUGCACGUGGGUGGCGGCGGACCCGAGGGGAUCGUAGACGAGCACGACAAGAUAAGCAGCGCGGCGGACACCCCGACGAUGCUGCUCGUCAUGUGUGGCUAUAUGUGGCUGGUCCGCAUCCAUGGAGUCGUGCUAGGGCACUUUCAGAAACACCUACAUCGCAUGCCCACCAGCUAUCGCUUACGGACCACGGGCAUGCUCAGCCCCAGGGGCACCAGCAGCCCAACGACGGCGGGUCCGUCGCUGCGGCUGGGGGAGCUGCCCUGUGCUGAUGCCGCUCUCGGGUUACAGCAGAUCCACACAGCGGUGCGCAUGCUGCUGGACGUGCUGCAUGACAUCGAGGGACACCUGGGCCGGGGGGCCGUCGUGGCUCGCGACAUGGCCGUGGCCAUGCUGCUCAACUCGGGGCGACGCCAGGAUGGCAGCUCGGGGGGGUUGGGCCAGAAGGCGACGGCCGUGAAGGAGUUGUUACGAGAGCGGAUGGGCCUGUGAGGGGACCUGCGGUGCCGGCGCACCACAUAUUAUUUGUAUCUAAUAUUAUGGAAGCGAUUAUGAGACCAUGUUAAUGCAUCCUUCACUA